AUGCCUCUCAAAGUGAUUGUCGUCGGAGCAGGUAUUGGAGGUCUGUGCGCGGCUACAUCGCUGCGACAAGCAGGACACGAUGUCGAGAUCUUCGAAAGGUCAAGCUUCACGGGCGAGGUGGGUGCUGCGCUGGUCUUGACACCAAAUGGUAGUCGAGUCCUUUCAAGUCUCGGAUUCUCCUUCGAGCGAGCCCGCGCCUGCAAAAUGGUACAAUGGGACACGAUACUCGGAGAUUCGAUGGGGCGUGUGGCCAGUCUCGACCUGAGCAUGGCUGAGCAAAGGUUCGGCGCUCCUCUUUGGUCGGUGCAUCGCGUGGACCUGCACAACGAGCUCCUUCGUUUGGCAACUAGCGAAGAUACACCAGGCUCGAAACCAGUCACUCUUCGGCUGGGAGCACAGGUGGUGGAUGCUUCGACAGAUGGCUCAAUUACGCUAAAGGAUGGUUCACGUCAUGCUGCAGACCUGAUUGUAGGCGCUGAUGGACUUCAUUCGGUCUUGCGAGGCACCGUUUUGACACAUGAUACCAAGGUGUCCGCUAGCGGCUUGAGCGCGUUCAGGUUCUUGAUGGAUACAACAAUGCUGGAGGAUGAUGCAAAGCUUGCACAGGUAGUCGAGGCUAGAAGUCCAGGGCUUUCUCUCAUCAUCGACGCGAAAGAGACCAUCAGUGAACGUCACGUGGUGUGGUAUCCAUGUCGGGACGGCGAAGUCCAGAACUUCGUAGGCAUUCAUCCGACACGACCAGCGGAUCAUGAAGAAACGGAAACCGAAGCAAUGAAGGACUCCAUGCUCAAGGAGUUUGGUCACUUCAAUCCAGGAAUUGUCCGGAUUAUUUCCCAGUCUUCGCACGUAAAGUGUUGGCCGCUCUAUGUUCACGAACCCCUACCUACAUGGUACAAUGGCAGAGUCAUUCUAAUCGGGGAUGCUGCCCAUCCGAUGAUGCCGUUCGGUGGGCAGGGUUCCAACUCUGCGAUGGAGGACGCUGGGGCGCUAGGCCAUUUAUUCCGAUCCGUUCAUGAUCCUGCGACGAUCGAAAAACGGCUGCAGUUGUUUUGGCUUGUCAGAAAAGACCGGGUCUCCAGAACCCAGACCAUGGCAAAGGUUAGGGCCGGUAGGGAAAAAGAAGUGGAGCAGGAGCUUAAGAAGUAUGCCGAUCCGCCAGGAUCAGCCGUUCCGUCUACACACCAAGAACGAACUGACCACGACUAUGAUUAUGAUGUUUUCGCAAAAUGUGAGGAAGUACUUUUAGAAGGACAAAUGGGGGAGAUAAAGCUCGAGUAG